UAAAGUGGAGGAAAAGAAGAAGUAUAAAAUGAUCAAACUCUUUUAUCUUGAAAACUUCAUCUCAACAAUCCCCAUCCCAAACCCCAUUCCCCAAAGCCCACACGCUCUCUCGUCUAAACAAUCAACACCUUCUUUGUAUCCUACAUUCAUUCUUACAACACGACAAAAUGCGUUCUUCACAAUUGCUUUUCGUCAUUGGUACAAUGUUUGCUUUUGCUGCAACCAUGACAUUCUCGCUUCCUGGACUUGGUCAACAAAUCAAAGGUUUAGUAAAAGGUGUACCUAUCAAAGUGCCAAUUUUAGGAACGGCGACUUGGUAUGGUCAACAAAGUAGGGGAUCUUGUGGUUGGUGGAGCAAAGAUUCGGAUUAUGUUGUUGCUCUUAGUCAUGAUCUUCCAUAUAACAAACAUUGCGGAAAAUACGUCGUUGUCAACUACCUAGGCAAACAUAUCAGAGCAAAGGUUUCGGAUACAUGUAUGGGUUGCGACCCACCACAUAUAGAUCUUUCCCGUGGUGCGUUUGCAAAAUUGUCUAACGGCAAUUACAAUCUGGGCAAAUUGGAUGUACUUUGGAAGUUUGAUGAUUGAUCGCUCAUAGAUCAUGGUAAUCCGAAUUCAUCAUCAAUAAUACACUAAAGCAUGUCUAUAGUACAAGA